CACUUCCUAGAAACGCGCGCGGGCUCAACCCUGCCUGAACUUUCCUGUAAACAGAGCGCUGACAGGCGGCAUCCCCGCUGGGUGGAUCCCGCGCUCCUGGCGCAAGUGGCACUUCUUGCUUUUAAUUAGCGCGAGGAGAGGCGAAGAAGAGCUAGCUGCUCGGCAAGUCAGUGCAGGAGGCUGACUUCUGGGAGGCUUGGGGGAGGCUGGGGGAAGAGCUGGGGGAGGUUGCCGGUCGGCUCCGGCUGUUUUCUCAAUGAAUAGCUGGCGGGGAGAUUGAAGCCAGUCCCAGCCUCCUCCUCACGCCCGCGGCUGGGUGACGGCGACAGCUCCAGCCGGGACCUGGCUCUUAAGACGCGCUCCUUGGAAUGGAAUGCCCUCUUGCUCUGCGCUUCUAAACCACCGGUCCCGAGGAGAGGGAGGCUUUGCGGAUCCAAAUCUGCCCAGGGAAUGGUACUUGGGAAUGGUGUUUUUCUGAUGACAACCCACUCUGUUUGUGACAAAGCCUGUCGCCUGCAGUUGGCCCUGGAGGGAAGUCCUAAGAAGAACUGAGUCGAUCCUGCCUUAAAGUGAGGCUGCCGAGGCUACGGGAGAGCCGGCACACACCAUGGCACCGGACGGACGCAUCCUCACCUUGCUGCUCUGGGGUCACCUGCUGGAGCUCUGGACCCCAGGUCACACCGCGGACCCCGCCUACCCCAGGCUACGCCUGUCACAUAAAGAACUCUUGGACCUGAACAGGACAUCCAUAUUUCAAAGUCCCCUGGGAUUUCUUGAUCUCCACACAAUGCUGCUGGAUGAGUACCAAGAGCGGCUCUUCGUGGGUGGCAGGGACCUUGUCUAUUCCCUGAACUUGGAACGAAUCAGUGAUAACUACAGAGAGAUAUACUGGCCGAGCCCAGCAGGAAAAGUAGAAGAAUGCAUAAUGAAAGGAAAAGACACAAGCGAGUGUGCCAACUAUGUCCGGGUCUUGCAUCACUACAACAGAACGCACCUUCUGACCUGUGCUACUGGGGCCUUUGAUCCGCUUUGCGCCUUCAUCAGAGUCGGGUACCACUCAGAGGACCCUCUGUUUCACUUGGAGUCCCACAGAUCUGAGAGAGGAAGGGGCAGAUGUCCCUUUGACCCCAGCUCCUCCUUUGUCUCUACUCUAGUCGGCAGCGAGCUGUUUACUGGACUCUACAGCGACUACUGGGGCAGAGACUCUGCGAUCUUCCGCAGUCUGGGGAAGCUGGGCCACAUUCGCACGGAGCAUGACGAUGACCGGCUGCUGAAAGAACCAAAAUUUGUAGGUUCAUAUAUGAUCCCUGACAAUGAAGACCGAGAUGACAACAAGAUGUACUUCUUUUUUACUGAGAAGGCGCUGGAAGCAGAGAACAGUGCCCACACAAUCUAUACCCGAGUGGGGCGGCUGUGCGUGAAUGACGUGGGAGGGCAGAGAAUACUGGUGAAUAAGUGGAGCACAUUCCUCAAAGCAAGGCUCGUUUGCUCUGUUCCAGGCGCAAAUGGCAUCGACACAUAUUUUGACGAGCUAGAGGAUGUGUUUCUCCUGCCUACCAGAGACCCAAAGAACCCAGUGAUAUUUGGGCUGUUUAACACUACCAGCAAUAUAUUCAGAGGCCAUGCUAUCUGUGUCUAUCACAUGUCAAGUAUACGGGAAGCCUUUAACGGCCCAUAUGCUCAUAAAGAAGGACCCGAAUACCACUGGUCACUGUAUGAAGGAAAAGUUCCUUACCCGAGGCCUGGUUCUUGUGCCAGCAAGAUGAAUGGAGGGAAGUAUGGGACCACCAAAGACUACCCUGACGACGCCAUUCGUUUCGCAAGGACGCAUCCACUAAUGUAUCAGCCCAUAAAACCGGCGCAUAAAAAGCCAAUCCUCGUGAAAACGGAUGGAAAAUAUAACCUGAAGCAACUGGCAGUGGACCGAGUGGAAGCCGAGGAUGGCCAAUAUGAUGUUUUAUUUAUCGGGACAGAUACAGGAAUUGUGCUGAAAGUAAUCACAAUUUACAACCAAGAAACGGAGUGGAUGGAGGAGGUCAUUCUAGAGGAGCUGCAGAUAUUCAAGGAUCCAGCUCCUAUCAUUUCUAUGGAAAUCUCAUCAAAAAGACAACAGCUCUACAUCGGAUCGCCCUCCGCGGUGGCGCAGGUCAGAUUCCAUCACUGCGACAUGUACGGCAAUGCUUGUGCGGACUGCUGCCUGGCGCGAGACCCUUACUGUGCCUGGGAUGGCAUUUCCUGCUCCAGGUAUUACCCAACAGGUGCACAUGCAAAGAGGCGGUUCCGCAGGCAGGACGUCCGGCAUGGCAAUGCGGCCCAGCAGUGCUUCGGACAACAGUUUGCUGGAGACGCUUUGGACCGGACAGAAGAGAGGCUGGCUUAUGGUAUCGAGAGUAACAGCACGCUGCUGGAGUGCACCCCACGCUCGCUACAAGCGAAGGUCGUCUGGUUUGUGCAGAAAGGACGUGAGACAAGAAAAGAAGAGGUGAAGACAGACGACAGAGUGGUGAAGAUGGACCUGGGUUUACUCUUCCUCAGAGUGCGCAAAUCCGACACUGGGACCUAUUUUUGCCAGACAGUCGAGCAUGGUUUUGUCCACACUGUGCGUAAAAUCACGCUGGAGGUAGUGGAAGAGCAGAAGGUGGAGGGGAUGUUUCACAAGGACCACGAGGAGGAGAGACAUCAUCCCAAGAUGCCCUGCCCGCCUUUGAGCGGCGUGCCUCAGGGCACAAAACCCUGGUACAAGGAGUUCUUGCAGCUGAUCGGCUACAGCAACUUCCAGAGAGUGGAAGAAUACUGCGAAAAGGUGUGGUGUACAGAUAAGAAGAGGAAAAAGCUUAAAAUGUCUCCCUCCAAGUGGAAGUACGCCAACCCCCAGGAAAAGAGGCUCCGCUCCAAACCGGAGCACUACCGCCUGCCCAGGCACACGCUGGACUCCUGAGGGCACCC